CACACCUGUCUGUACUGCUUCUGCAUCUCCCUUCUUUUUUCUUCGUUUCUUCUCCCUGUUCUGUUCUGUUUUUCCUUUUCUACAGCGGAUUUCGCUCCCUAGUUUCUCCACCUCCACAUUGCUUUGGCUUCUUUUUUUUUUUUUUUUAACUUCACCCAACAAUAUUGCUCGCUGAAACGAAGGAAGGAAAGCAGCAGAAUCCAGCACUGGCGGAUUCAAUUUCUGCACCAGCAGCAAGCAAUGCCAUUAGUCUAAUGGUAAUCGGUCCGGGUCCAAUGGACGGACAGCUAAACAAAUCGGCGAUUAUGAUGGUCGAGAUAAAGAAGCUGCUGCUGCGCCUUGCAGGGCCGCUCGUGGCAUCCAACUCGUCGACGUAUCUCAUUCAAGUAACAUCCUUGAUGUUCGUUGCCGCUGGCUGGAGCAUCUUUGGCAACUUCGUUUGCUUCGGUCACCAGCUUGACUCUGUUGCGAGGAAUGGGCAGUGCAAUGGAAACCUUGUGCGGCCGAGCUUAUGGGGCAAGGCAAUUCCAUUCCAUUGGCAUCCACUUGCAGAGAGCCAUGCUGGUGCUACUGGUAACGACGAUCCCUCUAUCAGCUUUAUCAUUUUAUGCAGCACCGAUUCUUAAGGCCUUUCACCAAAAUCCCGAUAUAGCAGAGGAGGUAGGGGAAUAUGCCAAAUUUGUAAUCCCAAGCAUUUUUGGGUUCGCCGUUUUAGAAACUCAUGUAAAAUUCCUCCAGUCCCAAAACAACGUAGUCCCCAUGAUGCUUAGUACAGGAUGCACUUUCCUACUCCAUGUGUUACUCUGCUGGGUUUUGGUUACAAAAACUGGGCUUGGCAAUAAAGGGGCCGCCAUAGCCAAUGCUAUUACCUACUGGACCAGUGCAACAUCCUUGUUCAUCUAUGUGAGGGUUGCGAGCUGGCGAUUCCUUGGGCGAUAAUGCUUAGCCUGGAGAUCUGUACAUUUUAAUUGAUGGUACUUGAAUGAAAUACUACGUCAAGAUAAGUUGAAAGUCACGAGCGGCCCUGAAAGGUGUAGCAGCUUCUUUAUCUCGACCAUAAUCGCCGAUUUGGUUAACUGUCCGUCCCUUGGAGCCGGACCGAUUUCCAUUAGACUAAUGACAUUGCUUGCUGCUGGUGAAGAAAUUGAAUCCGUAUUCUGCUGCUUUCCCUCCUUUGUUUUGAUUACAGCGAGCAAUAUUAUUAAUUAGGUCAAGUUAGAAAAAGCCAAAGCAAUGUGGAGGUGGUUUCACCCCGCUGUAGAAAAGCAAGAAAGAAAACAGAACAGAGAGAGACUGAAGAGAUGAAGGGAGAUGCAAGAAGCAGUACAGGGUACAAGUUUGGGACGAAGAAAGUUGCUUUUAUUUGGACCCAAUAAUUCGGUAGUGGAGUCAGUGCUGAUGGAUUUAUACAGCUUGUACUCUAGCUAGGCAGUAAAGUUUUUCUUUCCUUUCUUAUCGUUGUAAGUUGUGUACAACGCUUUUGGGAACUCACUAGAGCCUAGGCCAAUCAGGAGCAGAGGCAGUCUUUAGUGUCGAGCAGUAACGACUUUUAGUGACUGAUAUGGUGUCGAUGACUAAAGGAGUGUAGUUGUUUACCAUCGAUUUCCCUAGGUUGAUAAGUG